AUGAACAGGGUUGGCUGUGUGAAUGGGCGUUGUUCUCAUCAUAGGCGCAGUCCACAGUUAUUUGGUGCUGAAAGGGAUGAACCACACAGAGUGAGAGGAAGAGAGAUUGGGCAGCGAGAGUGGCCCAGACUUUACUGAAUCUAACAGAGGCAGCUAGAUUAGAUGCUGACAUACGAUCGUAAUAUACGCAGGGGAAACAUUCUAAAAACACACAUGUCACAUAGCUGUUAAAAGUGCAUAGUGAAUAAUUCAGUUCAUCUGAAAUCGUGUAAUCACUUGUUUGGUAAUUGAUUCGAUUUUCUGAGAAUUUGGGCGCUGGGCAUUGAUUCGGACCGCCUCGAUGGGAUGCGCCGAGAUGCUGCCUUCCCUCCGCCAGUUCACCUGGCGUGAUAUCCAAGACCAUGGCAGUGGGCGCGAGCAAAGCUGGCUAGUGAUUGACAGACGGGUGUAUGACAUCACCCGCUUUCGAUGGCGACACCCAGGAGGAUCGAGGCUCAUCGCUCACUAUGCCGGCCAGGAUGCUACGGAUGCCUUCACUGCAUUCCAUAUUGAUCGCCAAUUUGUCCGUCGCCACUUGAAACCACUGCUGAUUGGAGAACUGUGUCCCCAGGAACCCAGCCAGGAGCCCAGCAAGGAUGCAGCGGUGGUGGAGGAUUUCCGCCAGCUGCUUGAUGUGGUGGAGAAUCUGGGCCUGCUGCGGCCACGCCCACUCUUCUUUGCUGGGACUCUGCUGCACAUCCUGCUGCUGGAUCUGGCUGCCUGGCUCACCCUGCACCUGGGAGGCACCCACUGGGGGCCCUUCCUCAUCACCGCUGUUCUGUUGGCCACUGUGCAGGCCCAGGCUGGCUGGCUCCAGCAUGACUUUGGUCACCUGUCUGUUUUUGAGACGUCUCGCUGGAAUCACUGGUUGCAUCGUUUUGUGAUUGGACAUCUUAAGGGGGCACCAGCGAGCUGGUGGAAUCAUCUGCACUUUCAACACCACGCCAAGCCAAACUGCCACCGGAAAGACCCCGAUGUGAACAUGCACCCCCUGCUUUUCACCCUGGGCACCAGGCUGUCCAUUGAGCUAGGAAUACAGAAGAAGAAAUAUAUGCCCUACCAGCAUCAGCACAAGUAUUUCUUCUUCUUGGGCCCCCCAGCUCUCAUCCCCCUCUAUUUCCAGUGGUACAUUUUCUACUUCACAAUAAAGCGCCAUCAGUGGCAGGACCUGGCAUGGAUGAUGUCAUUCUAUGUGCGAUUUACUGUGUGUUACUUGCCUUUGCUCAGCCUGCCUUCAUUCAUCAUGCUCUUCUUCCUUGUCAGGUUUCUGGAGAGUAACUGGUUUGUGUGGGUCACCCAGAUGAACCACAUCCCUAUGCACAUUGACCGGGACCAGAACAAAGACUGGCUCACAAUGCAGGUUGAGGCUACCUGUAAUGUGGAGCAGUCCCUCUUCAACGAUUGGUUCACCGGGCACCUCAACUUCCAGAUUGAACACCAUCUCUUCCCCACCAUGCCCAGACACAACUACCAUGCAGUCUCUCCAUUGGUGCGCUCACUCUGUCAAAAACACGGGCUUCAGUACCAGUGCAAAAGUCUCCACACUGCCUUUGCUGACAUCGUCCGAUCUCUGAAGUCCUCUGGAGAACUCUGGCUUGAUGCUUACUUGCAUAAGUGAGAAAUCACAUGAUUUCUCCAAAUGACCAACUCUUCCCCUUAGAAGAAGGACAUAUGAAAAAUGUGCCUUUUCAAAAUGACAAUCAUAAUAGAAACUGCCCCUGAGAUUCCAAAUCAACAUACCAAUCAACGAACUAGACCACCAACACCCCACACCCUCAAGACCAAGAGACUGAAUAUGAUGAACCACAGUGCCCAUUCCACAUGGUUUUCUGUGGGUUGGAUUGCUUAAAAUCACAGAGGCCAGGAUACUACCUCAUGAGAGGUCACAGCUAGCACUCUGUCCCAUUACUAUAUUAGUCCAGCAAGGACAGCAUUCCUAAAGAGUAUUUUUAGUAUUUAAUGAGUAAACUUGGGGGGUUGGUAUAAUGCCAUGUGUGCCUGUGUUCUGUGCCAAUUAUGAAGUGGUGAGCUUGCAUAUUGGGAUUUGUCCCAUCAUUUAACCAGUUCCUGUGGCUUGUAAUACAAAUGGCUGCGUGCACAUAAACACAAUAAUGAGAAGGACAGACUCAACAUAGUUCCAAUAUUCUCUGAUCCCGAUUCAGCUUAGAUCUUGCACAAUUCCUGAGUCAAUGCUGUUGGGGGUUGACUCAGGACAGGGUUGACUCAGGAAUCGUACCACGUCUGAGCUGAAUCGGGGAUCAGAGACUCCUGAGUUGACCCUAUCCAAUCCCUGAUUUGAGCCUGACAUUCUAUGAUACCUGAUUCAGUUUUAACCUAACCUUAACCCUGACUGGUUCCUGAAUCCCAGACAACCUUUCUAUGAUCUCUAAUUACUUCCAAUUCCAUAGUUUCCCUUAAUCUGUCCAAUUUCUCAUUCUGUUGGACAAGAUUAAGAUAUUCAGCUGGCUCAAACAACAUGCCCCUUUCAUGCCUUUCAGACCUUGGGACUUUUCCAGGACGAUGCACCUAUAGUGCAAAACACUUAUAGCCAACUGACUAAAGAACAUCAAACACACUUUACAAAUCUGGAGAUAAAGUAUUUUUCCUGUAAUUCUGUUUUGUAAUUGUGCUGUAGUUGAGUUUUGUAGCUAGUAAAUACAAGGGCAUUGAGUGCCACAGACUGACAUUAGAUCUCCAGGUUUAUACAGGAUUCUUUUACUGAUACAGAUGCACACCAGUGGAAAUAUCCAAUAGAUUUUUUCCAGUUUUGUAAAAUGAUUUGCUGCCAAAGUUAAUUUAAAACUGUAAGUGUCCUUGCUGAUGUGCCAUUGCUGUUUUUCCCCCUUGGGUAGUUGGAUUUUUGUGAAAAUUAUGUUUACAAUAUUAGCACUGUUAAACUCUCACACAUUCUACCAUUGCCCUCCAACAGAAGUAGGGAUGUAAAUGCAGCUUUAAGUGGAAUGUGGGUGCGAGUGUGAUUCCUGAAUUAAUUUCUGCUGCAUGUUGGACAUAAUAUUUGGCCAGGUAUACGCUCAAGUGGGGUAUAUAUAACCCACUAUAGUAUUGGGUCUGGCUCAGAGAACACUGGGUUAAGUGCAGUAAUGUUGGAUGUAGCACAGUGAAUGCUGGGAAUAGCACUGUGGUGUUCUCUGUCAGACUGGGAUACCCUAGACUGACAGUAGGGUACAAUGGCAGUUGCUAUCAGUCUACCAACUGUGAGGUGAAGACAAUAAUGGCAAUGGGUAUAGCAGAAAUGGAUGUUGUGGAGUAAUAGCAUUACAUGUUUAGACCUCAAAACAGCAGAUGUGCAUAGUGCACAGAUGUGAAAUAAUAAAGUUGACUUUAAAUGGGACAAAUG